AAGAAGGGUGAGGGGGAGACAGGAUAGGUUGGGACACAAGCUCCAGUUUAGUGUAUGUCCCAGCCCAGUCCCCUCAUUAAGCCCAGAUCCUCAUCUCCCCCUGGGAGUGGGGCUCAACGCAGACAGUAAAGAACUGCUGGGCCCCGGGGGCCCAUCACACUGGAUCCACACCCGACAUUAUCUCCUAAGCAGAUACCCCCUUCCGAACUGGGGAUGUAGGGCUUUGAAACUAGAAAAUGCCAGGUCUGAAAGAGAGGAAAGAACAAGUCCAGCAAUACACAGAGCUCUGUGUAUUCAGAGGGAAGUUGGCAGGGUUGUGUUCGGGCAGAGAAACUCCGAGUGGUACAAAGGGACGUGCCCAGAGUGGAGAAAUCAUGCUAAUUGUCUGCAUCAGAGCUGGAGAACGCCACCCAAAAUGAAGAGAGAAAGAGGAGCCCUGUCCAGAGCCUUCAGUGCCCUGCGCCUCGCUCCUUUUAUCUACCUUCUUCUGAUCCAGACAGAGCCCCUGGAAGGGGUGAACAUCACCAGCCCAGUGCGCCUGAUCCAUGGCACAGUGGGGAAGUCAGCCCUGCUUUCCGUGCAAUACAGCAGCACUAGCAGCGACAAGCCUGUGGUAAAAUGGCAGCUGAAGCGGGACAAGCCAGUGACUGUGGUACAGUCUAUUGGCACAGAGGUCAUUGGCACCCUGCGGCCAGACUAUCGAGAUCGCAUCCGCCUCUUUGAAAAUGGCUCCCUGCUUCUCAGCGACCUGCAGCUGGCUGAUGAGGGCACCUAUGAGGUGGAGAUCUCCAUCACAGAUGACACCUUCACCGGGGAGAAGACCAUCAACCUCACUGUAGAUGUGCCCAUUUCAAGACCACAGGUGUUAGUGGCCUCGACCACUGUGCUGGAGCUCAGCGAGGACUUCACCCUGAACUGCUCGCACGAGAAUGGCACCAAGCCCAGCUACACCUGGCUGAAGGAUGGCAAGCCCCUCCUCAAUGACUCGAGAAUGCUCCUGUCCCCCGACCAAAAGGUGCUCACCAUCACCCGUGUGCUCAUGGAGGACGACAACCUGUACAGCUGUGUGGUAGAGAACCCCAUCAGCCAGGGCCGCAGCCUGCCCAUCAAGAUCACCGUAUACAGAAGAAGCUCCCUCUACAUCAUCUUGUCCACAGGAGGCAUCUUCCUUCUUGUGACCUUGGUGACAGUCUGUGCCUGCUGGAAACCCUCCAAAAAGUCUAGGAAGAAGAGGAAGCUGGAAAAGCAAAACUCCCUGGAAUAUAUGGAUCAGAAUGAUGACCGCCUGAAACCCGAAGGUGAGCUCCCAGCCACCCACUCACCCGUCCCAGCGGCACUCAGAUCAGUGGGCUGCUGGGAAAAGGCAGAACUGGGAGACAAGGAAGCCAGCUCUGCAGGGCCCCUUCCUCCACCAACUGCACGAAGACUGCAGAGCAGGGAGAGGUGCAGCCAAGCAGACACCCUCCCACGAAGUGGAGAGCAGGAACGGAAGAGCCCCAUGGCACUCUAUAUCCUGAAGGACAAGGACUCUCCAGAGCCCGACGAGAACCCCACGCCCGAGUCUCGAGAUCGGAGCGCGACAGAGCCCGGCCCGCCAGGCUACUCCGUGUCGCCGGCAGUACCCGGCCGCUCUCCGGGGCUGCCCAUCCGCUCCGCCCGCCGCUACCCGCGGUCCCCAGCGCGCUCCCCCGCCACCGGUCGGACGCACACGUCGCCGCCCCGGGCCCCAGGCUCGCCCGGCCGCUCGCGCAGCGCCUCGCGCACACUGCGGACUGCCGGCGUGCACCUGAUCCGCGAGCAAGACGAGGCCGGCCCGGUGGAGAUCAGCGCCUGAGCCGUCUCGGAGCCCCCGGGAGGCGCUCGCGCCCUGCAGCCCGCGGCCGGGGGAGGGCCGGGUAGCUGGGCCGCCGCCUGCGAGGGGCGACUGGAGGUCCCCGCGGGGGCGCGCGGGUCUCGCGUGUGGACGAAUGCGAGCGCGCGCGGAUGGGUGGUCGCUGCGGGGCGGCCGAGAGUGGAUCUGGUGAUGAAACCGAAUCGCGUUUGCUGCGGGUUCACUGGCUGUGUCCUCGGCGGGUAUGGCUUGUGCCCUCUUAGGACCAUAGAGAUUAUUAAAUUUCCGGCCCAAUCCCCCAAGGAUCUUAUGGAAACUAACAUCAGUAACCUAACCCCUGUGACUAUCCUGUGCCCUUCCUAGGGAGUUCUCAUGCUUCUCACCCACUUCCCUUCCCUCCGAACGAACUCCUGGUUCCUGGGGCACUUUUUUUGGCCGUCCCAGAUUUGAGGCCACUUGCCCAAAACGCACAACUGUCACACACUAAGGGGAAGUCAGAGGCCGGUUACUGAGUGUGCAGGGGCUGUUGUGGGCAUCGGAGGAAUCGCUGUGAAGGCAGUGCCCUGGGGGACCCUUCUCUGGGCACCUGGUACCUGGGCACCUACCAGCUGGUGAGGAAGGAGCUGAAGUAGGUUGAUGUCCCCCUGACCUGGGCCCUAGCAAGGGCAAAGGACUCAAGCCUCCAGUGCUUGACCUUCUCCCAGAGCCUCCCUUAGCAGCGUGCCAAGCAUUCUUCCCGUUUCUAUUCCUAUAAAGAAGGGGGUCUCACUCACUUCCUGGCCCGGAAAGCUGGAUCAUGUGAAGAACUGUUUUUUAACCCCUCACACUUAUGCCUUCUCCCUGGCUUCUUUAAACAAGCCUUUCAAACAAUCAUUAUCCCCAGAAAGGUUGUUGGGCCUUCUCCUGCUGUAAGAGAAAUGGUGGGAGGAGGAGGAGGCUUAUUGUCCCCGGGCAUGUCAGGGCGGACUUGAGCCAACCCUUGACCUCCCGUCUCCCACCUGCCCUGCCCCCAGAUGCUCGCAUCCCAGGAGACAGGACAGGAGCAGACUCCCUAAUCACACAAACGUCAGAAUACAGAGAGGUUGGGUCACUGUGUAGCCAGGCCAUGCCCAUGCCCCCGCCUCUUGACCAGUUCAUAGGAGAGACAAUAAUCUACUGUGUGAGGAGAGAGGGCAAUUAAAAAUCUGGAAGAGAA